AUGGGGGACCGCUCUACGGACGCAAUAGAUAUUCACUCCGACGACGAGCGGAAACCUUCACUAUCCGCCUUGGAUGCGGACGAGCAGGCCUCUCGUCGGACAAUUAAGAUCAACCCUAUACCGGAAUUCGGUCCAAAGCAACCGAUGCCCGACCACCUCGUUGAUGUCCUUGAAGAAUGGCACAAGGAGAAUGGUCGUAAGCCCCCGCGGUGCGCAUAUGCAAACAACAAAGGAACGUACAAGUGGAAGGUCUUUGACCGGGAGGGCAAGGAGUUGGAACUUUCAAAAUUCGAGAUCCUCUCUCCGUGCGCGUACUCGGUCCUCGUGCUGCAUUCGCCUGACUUCCCGCAGAAGCUGGUCAGAAGCCGCUGGCCGCACUGGACGAAGCACGGAAGUUUCCUGAUCGCAUGGCAGGGUGUGACCAAAGGGUUCGACGCCAAAUGCUGCGCCAUUCGUGUUUUCGCUCCGAAACUGGAGGAGAUCGCCUACUCUCAGGAUGUCUGGAAGGUCACAAUCCCCGAUCUGGACCCAGAGGGUGAGGGUAUCAAGAAGAGGCCCCUGUCAGUAGCCACGGCUCCAUCUCAGCCGCGCGUACGGAACCGGGGACAAGAGCGGGAACGAGAAAAGGAGGCGGAAAAGAGGAAGUGCGUGAGCCGCCCCAAGCGCGAGGUACUGACCAGCAACCCGAACUCUGGGGAUGCUUCAGAGUCAUCUGAUGAAACAGACUCAUCGGCAGAAGAAUCCUCCGACGCUUCAUCAUCGUCCGAAGAGGAGGAAGAGGAAAUCGUCCCUGCACCAAUUGCCAAGAGGCGCAGGCUCCAACAACAAACAUCUAGUACCCUAGUGAGGACUCGCAAGGCGACCAACCCGGCCAAGGUGACUUUCAAGCUUGUCUCUUACAGGUCGGGCGCUAUUCGCGCCUUUCCCCUAGACGAAUGCAAGACCGGGAGAGAUCUCUUCGACAAGGCACGGACAUUUUUCCGACUAUUCGACAGAAAUGUCGACGUCAAGAUUCUUUCGUGCCAGAUAUCGUCUGAGCGUGCGCAACAUUUUCUUUUCGGCAGCGAGGGCGAAUUUGAGCUUCUCAUUAAACAGGCCAAGGACAGCAAGAGCUCAGAAGAUGGGACAGUUACCAUUGAACAUGAAUUCAGCGUCUGCUCGAUGCCUCCUCCACCCGGCUCACCUCCCCCUAUCCCUCCGCCCGUCCCCGUUGAGACUCACCCCAACCGAACAAGCAGCUUGAAGCCUCCACCGGAGCACCGGGCGCUCCCAGACCCCACACGGCUCGCUCCAGAAGACGCCUAUUUCUCCUCUGCUCAUCUAAGAGGUCGGACUGCGAAUGCAAACUAUGAUGACUCACUCCGAGCGCUGAAUGGCAACGCUGCUGCUUUGCGACCGCAGCCCGCGUUCCCGGGCGCGGACAGUCUGAAAGAGCGCAAAGUGAGGGGGCCGAGCAGACGGAGAAGACGAAAAGGGGCAUGGAAGAAAUUACUCUGGGUGAAGCAGUCAUAUCCGGACAACUAUACCGACACCGAAACCUUUCUCGACCAUCUCCAGCGCAACCCGCGCGUGCGGCCCUACGACUUCUGGCCUCUAGUGGCUGACUCGACAGUGAUUGUUCAGCAUGUCUCCUCGGUGGCGAUCUUCGUGUGCUGUUUUGUUGGGAUUGUCCAGGAGAGAGUGAGCCCUGUGUCUGUCGUUUGCUGGGGCAGUGUUGGAACGGCCAUGGGAUGGAUUCUUUGGGACUCUUGGGUUUGGAGAGAGCAUCAUACCGAACAGGCUCAGAAUGCGGAGCGUAUCCCAGACGGGGACGAUGGUUCUAGUUCGAGCUCGGCUGCGAGCUCCGUCAACCCGUCGUCGGGGGCUGCGUCGCGACUGGUUGGUCCGAAGGAUGGUCAGAACGAGGUUCACGGGCUGGGACUCACCAUGUCGAGCGGUGAACCUGGCGAAUUGCUGCGGCGACGUAGCACAGGAUUCGGUGGUGAGGCUUAUGGCCCGUCUGAUCCUGGCUCGCCUGGUCAUCAGGCCAAUGGUGGCCUCAGCAAUACGCAUUUAUACCAUGGCUCCCAGGAGACCGACGAGACUUUAUUACUCUCGUCAAGGAACCGCCAACGGCUCUCGACUGUGAAGUCGGCGUUCCUGAUCUACUUUUCGCUGCUGGGGCUCAGCCCGAUCCUGAAGUCUCUUACCAAGUCUACCGCUAGCGACUCCAUUUGGGCGAUGAGUUGCUGGCUGUUGUUCAUGAACAUAUUCUCCUUUGACUAUGGAAGCGGGGAAGGCGCGGGCGCCACUAAAUUCCCGGCUUCGCUGUCCACUAAUGCGGCUGUGAUGGCAUCGACCGUCCUCGCGUCUCGUCUGCCGUCUACAACCCAUGUCUUCAGUCUGAUGUUGUUCUCGAUUGAAGUCUUCGGACUGUUCCCGAUCUUCCGCCGGCAACUACGGCACACCUCGUGGACGGGACAUGUCCUCCUGACGCUGGCGCUGGUCAUUGUCGCCGGGGGUGCCGUCGGAAUGACCCUGCGCGGAGGAUGGACCGCCGCGGUGGUCGGGUCGUUCUUGGGAAGUAUUAUGACGGCUUUUGCCAUGGGGGGAUGUAGCUGGUGGCUCAUCAGUCUUCAGAAGUACAAGAACGUGGUGACAGGGCCAUGGGACCCAGCGCGGCCGAUUAUCCGGCGGCAGUGGGAUUAG